AAAAAAUUAUAGAAUUCAUGACAAAAGAAACAAAAGAAGAUAGAAGAUGGUUAGCCGACCAGGAAAGUAAGAAGUGUUCGGUCCCUUCAGAGUGGUGGACUGCUGGAUUGGGCGACGGCAAUCGACUCUCGACGGAAUCCCUAGUCCAAGUUAAUUCUUCAGCCCAAGAGCUGAAGUCGUAUUUUCGAAAGAACACCUUCAUAGUCACAGAGUGCGAAUCAUAGUAUAUAAGCAGAAGCAGUUGAUUGAGGAAGUUCUGGAUCGACAGUCUUGAAGGAUAAUAUUUCAGGUUCCUUGCAGCACUCAUAUAACCAUAGUACCAUUCCUUCAAAAUGAACUGCCAAUAUGGCGAAGAUCAUGGUGAGGUGACUGUGAUGGGAUUUGAAGUUCCAAGAUCGCCCGAUUCAAGCUACAACAAUGCCUAUCCCGGGAACGCAGAUGAGGGGCAGGACCCACCACCAUUACCUCCCCACCUUCACCAGACCGUGCUAAAUGAAUCGCCAGCAGAAAGUAACCAAUGCGGAGCGCUCACGCCACCACAGAAUGUGGUCCUAAAUCAUCUUUACAUUGAGAGCAGCAAAAAUGAAACGCCGAGAACUGUCGUGGCUUUAGGCACAACACAGCGUUUCCGUUCAAAAUAUGUUACAGUCGUGCUUUACAAACCCGUCCCUCGAAGGGUAGGUGGUAGUGUCUGAAGUGAAAUUGUUGUAACUUUUUCUAUUUUUAGAUGUCGGAGUUUCACCUUUUAGUUUUACACCGCAUGUUAAUAUGUGGAUAAAAUAUUGAUUCAAGAUCUUAACUAGUUAAGAGUAUUAUUACCUUUUGUACUAUGUGGUAUAAUGGUGUAUACUUAUGCGGUAAAACUAUGAUAACCUUUUUGUAUGAUAUGGAGAACGGAAACUUGCUAGUCUGCUAGAUAUACCGUAUUUAGUGGACAUCAUCUAUGGUGGCAGUGGCGCAUUACAUUGUUCAGCAAUGAUUUAAGAGCAAUAAGUUGAUAACACCUUUUUUGCC